UGGGUUGGUGUGGGGGGGAGGUGUGAUACAAAGAGGCAGAACUUUAAUCACUGGCCCGAUCACACUGGAUGGAUUUAUUUCUGGACUCAAUUUCCCAGGAUCUCUGCUAUUCCACACGGGGGAAAAUGCCUCUGCUGAAGUUUCUCUAGCUCCAGUUUUGAGAAUAAAGAUCUGUUGCUUUGGAGUUACUCACAGCAGCUCUAUCUCUACUGACUCAUCCAUCUGCUUCAAGAAAAUGUUUGCUGUCCACUUGCUAGCUUUCCAUUUCACAAAGCUAAAAGAGGAUCAAAUAAAAAAGGUGGACAGGUUCCUGCACCAGCUGCGCCUCUCUGAUGAUGUCCUGCAGGAUGUGACAGCUCGUUUCCAGGCUGAGAUGCUGAAGGGGCUGGCCAGGGACACCAACCCCAUGGCAGCAGUGAAAAUGCUGCCCUCGUUCGUGCGCUCGCUGCCUGACGGCUCAGAGGAGGGUGACUUCCUUGCUGUGGACCUGGGUGGCUCCCAAUUCCGUGCCCACCAGGUGAAGGUGUUUGAUGAUGGGAAGCAGAGCAGCCAGCUGGAGAGCAAGAUCUACCCCACACCCAAGGAGGUCACCCAGGGGAGUGGAGCUGAGCUCUUUGAUUACAUUGCUGACUGUCUGUCAGACUUCAUGGAGACCAAAAACCUGAAGCAGAAGAAGUUGCCUCUUGGCUUUACGUUUUCUUUUCCAUGCAAACAGACCAGACUGGAUGAGGGGGUUCUCCUCGAGUGGACAAAGCAUUUCAGGGUCCGAGGAGUCCAGGGCACAGAUGUGGUCAGCUCCCUGAACAGGGCCCUCCAGAAGCACCAGGACAUAGAUGUUGAUGUUUUGGCACUGGUCAAUGACACAGUGGGAACCAUGAUGACUUGUGGCUACGAUGACCAGCGCUGUGAAGUUGGACUCAUAAUUGGGACUGGCACCAACGCCUGCUACAUGGAGGAGAUGAGGCACAUCAGCCUGGUGGAGGGCGAUGAGGGCAGGAUGUGCAUCAACACCGAGUGGGGGGCCUUCGGAGACGACGGAGCUUUGGAGGAUCUCCGCACGGAGUUCGAUCGGGAGCUGGAUCUGGGAUCUCUCAACCCUGGAAAACAACUGUUUGAGAAGAUGAUCAGCAGCCUGUAUUUGGGGGAACUCGUGAGACUCAUUCUCCUAAAAAUGACAAAGGAAGGUCUGCUCUUCAAUGGGAAAGUGUCAACAGCUCUGCUUACUAAGGGCAAGAUUGAAAUGAAACACGUGUCUGCAAUGGAAAAGUACAAAGAAGGCCUGAACAACACAAAAGAGAUCCUAGCAGAGCUGGACCUGUUUCCCUCUGAGGAGGACUGUGUUGCUGUUCAGCAGGUCUGCACCAUUGUUUCCUUCCGCUCGGCCAACCUCUGCGCCGCCGCCCUGGCUGCCAUCCUGACCCGCCUCAGGGAGAACAAAAAGCUGCUGAGGAUGAGAACCACUGUUGGGAUUGAUGGGGGCCUCUACAAAACCCACCCCAAGUACGCCAAGCGCCUGCACAAGGUGGUGAGGAGGCUGGUGCCCACGUGUGACGUGCGGUUCCUGCCGUCACCGAGCGGCAGCGGCCGCGGGGCCGCCGUGGUGACGGCGGUGGCAUGCAGGCUGGCCAGCCAGCGCCGGCGCCUCGACGCCGCCCUGGCGCCUUUCCUGCUGCUCCCCAGCACCCUGCAGGAGGUGAGGGACAGCAUGAGGGCUGAGCUGGAGUAUGGGCUGAAGAGGGAGACGCAAGCCCAGGCCACGGUGAAGAUGCUGCCCACGUACGUGUGCGGGAUGCCCGAUGGAACAGAAAAAGGAAAGUUCCUUGCCCUUGACCUUGGUGGCACAAAUUUCAGGGUUCUGCUGGUGAAAAUCAAAAGCGGGAGAAGAAGAUCGGUGCAAAUGUAUAACAAAAUCUUUGCCAUUCCUUUGGAGAUCAUGCAAGGGACAGGAGAAGAGCUCUUUGACCACAUUGUCCAGUGCAUAGCAGACUUUCUGGACUAUAUGGGGAUUAAAGGUGCUCGGCUUCCCCUGGGCUUCACCUUCUCCUUCCCCUGCAGGCAAGCCAGCAUUGACAAGGGAACACUUGUGGGAUGGACAAAAGGAUUCAAGGCAACAGACUGUGAGGGGGAAGAUGUUGUUGAUAUGCUAAGGGAGGCCAUCAGGAGAAGAAAUGAGUUUGACUUGGACAUUGUGGCAGUGGUGAAUGACACUGUUGGCACCAUGGUGACUUGUGGCUACGAGGAUCCAAACUGUGAGAUUGGCCUCAUUGCAGGAACAGGCACCAAUGUUUGCUACAUGGAGGACAUGAAAAACAUAGAAAUAGUGGAAGGGAAUGAAGGAAAAAUGUGCAUUAAUACAGAAUGGGGAGCAUUUGGUGACAAUGGCUGCAUUGACCACAUCAGGACAAAAUAUGACAGAGAAGUAGAUGAAGGCUCCCUAAACCCAGGGAAACAGAGGUAUGAAAAAAUGACCAGUGGAAUGUACCUAGGUGAAAUAGUAAGGCAAAUUUUGAUUGACUUAACCAAACAGGGGCUGCUGUUCAGAGGACACAUUUCAGAAUCACUCCGGAAAAGAGGAAUAUUUGAAACAAAGUUCCUGUCUCAGAUUGAGAGCCACCGGCUGGCCCUGCCGCAGGUGCGGCGCGUCCUGCGGCAGCUGGGGCUGCACGGCACCUGCGAGGACAGCAUCACCGUCAGGGAGGUGUGUGCAGCUGUGUCCAGCAGGGCUGCCCGGCUCUGUGGGGCAGGGCUGGCUGCUGUGCUGGAGAAGAAGAGGCAGAACCGAGGUGUGGAGCGCUUGCAGAUCACGGUGGGGGUGGAUGGGACUCUGUACAAGCUCCACCCGCAUUUUUCUAGGAUCCUGCAGGAAACAGUGAAGGAGCUGGCCCCUCAGUGUGAUGUGACUUUCAUGCUUUCUGAAGAUGGAAGUGGGAAGGGAGCUGCCCUCAUUACUGCAGUUGCAAAAAGAUUGCACAAUGUUGGACAGAAGUAAAAUGAGAGGUCAAGUAACUUCAGCCCUGCCUGGCGUGGGCAGCAGGGGUUUGCUGGUGGUGAUUCCAGAUAGCUUUGCCAACACCAGCACACAGGUAGCUUUUUUGGGGGGGGGGAGCAGCUGGUUUUGACCAACCAGGAUUGUGGAUUUUUAUCCUUUGGUAACUUGGUGUUACCAAACUAGGUGUUUCUGCUCCCCACUGGAAUUAUGUCUCGGCAUGCCACAGCCUACUCAGUUCUGUACCUCCUGCAGUGCAUCUCCAGUGCACGUGGGAGAGUGAAAACAAAACAAAAUCAACCCAAAUGUGUCAUUUUACAACAUCUCAAUUAAGCUACUGCACCACAACUGAGUUUAUCACCAGUUUCUUAGGAUUCUGUGUUUAGUUUUCUCUUGCACCGGCUUGAAGAAUAUUGAGAUUCUGAUGUUGCAUCUUGUCUAGUGGACAUCUUUAUUCAAUGCCUCACAGGUUUUGCAAUAAAUUUGGAGGUGAAAUAAAUGAAUGGACUGUGGUCAGUGAUGCUCCCCCUGCUGCUGCACUGGUGGCAAGUGUAAUGCAAUAUGUUUAAUAUGUUUAAGAGAUGAAUGUAAAGGAAAAAAAUGUGAUUCCACAGAAUAUCAGUGUGUGUCAAAAUAUGUCAGGGCAUCUGAGUCACAUAAAGCUCAACCAAAGGAAACAGAGAAUGUAGAAGGAGCCACAGAGUCUGCAAUGUCUGGGUCAGGGCUACACAGAGGGUAUCAAACAGGCCCCCAAAACAGUGUGUAGAGGGGGAAAAAAAAUCACCUAAAUUUCUGAAAGUCUCCUCUUUGUUUUCCCUCUGUUAUCUCCUUGCAUGUUCCUGAGAGAAUUGUUUCCAUUUGGUGCAAAGGAAGCUUAUCCUUGCUUUUCAUUUUCUGUUGCCUGCUGCUCUGCCUGUUUGUAAAUAAAUCUGUGCUGUUGUGAGCCUUUGCUUCUCUGUCCAGUGCACCUUCUGAGCUGUGGGAAGAACAUGCAGGCAAGUGGGAGCUUUCUUAAAACCUAAACCUUUAAACUUAAACCUUCCUUUAAAUCUAAAUGUGCUUGUGUACUUCAGUGAUUGUGAAGGGGUUUUGUGGGUAGAGCUCAUGGCCUUGUGUGACCAAGUGUCCCUGACCUGAUUCACCCAGAACAAACCAAACCAAAACAAUAAUAUGGCACAGAGAAGUUGCAGAUCUGUGUUCUGCCUGAUCUCUCUGGUCAGGUAUUCCUGCAGACCUUUUAAUCCUCUCUUUGUAGGUGUUUGCUUCCUUGUGACAGCAGUUAUCCCUCCUUUGCUUCCUUGUGGGCUGGCAGCAGAAAGUGGGGCCAAGAAAUGUGCUUUGAGCCUAGUUAGGUCAGAAGUGACUGUGGUGCAGGGGGACAAGCAGUUGGGUUUGUGUAAUGAUCUGUAACUGCUGGGUUUAAUUUAGCAAUCCCAAAUUCAAAAUUGGAAGCUACAGACUUCUGCUGUUUUGUAGUUUUUAACAGAACCAAAAUCUGCCAACAGCUCUGUGUCUGUGUUGGAGUUACUGGAGGGGUAGAAGACACUUGCAAACAAUUCUUCUGAAGGAAUUCCUCACAGUGCUGAGCUCCCUGUACCAAGUUGUGAACUCCUAUUACAUUCACUGCUUUUCUCCUUUUGUCAAGAAACUUAGCAUUUGACUUUUUCUUUAUAUUUCAGAACUCAGAGAGCUGCAGAAACCAAAGCUUGCUAUGUAGUAAGGGCAGUUAUCUGGAGUGGAAGUCUGUUGCUGGUGAUGAUAAAUUUGGAGAGGCUGGGUGUAGAAUUAAAAACAAAUCAGAUAUUGAGUUUAUAUGAGGCAUAGAAUAGCUCUUCUGGGCUGUUUUAGGCCCCAAAGGCAGAAACAGGUAUUUUGGCACCUGAAAUCCUGCACUGUCUGUGUGGUUUUGGGCCUUUUUGGGGGAGUGGGUUCUGAAAAAGGUCACCUGUGAGUGAAAUAUGUCCCUGUACAUCUGAAAUGAGGUGAUGCUCUCCCUCUGGGAAUGCAGGGCAGCAGAAAGCUGCUCCUCUGGGAAUGCAGUGGGCAAAGGCUG